AUGGAAGAAGAUUGUGGUGCAUUUGCAGCAGACUGUGUUGUCCUGUCAUGCUGCUGCCAGUGCCUUGUGUUACAAGUCACUGGCUUCGUCUUCUUCAAGAUCCCUAUUAAACUUGUUCAGAAGAUGAAGAAGUUUGUGAAGAGAAGAUGCGGAAAGACCUUGCAACCAACAAUGGAGGAGGAUGUCAAAGAUGAGCAUUGGUAUGGAAAUGGGUUUGCCUUUGAUGAAGGAUCAUCAAGAUUUAAUUGCAUUGAAGAUAUUGAAGGAAUGUUGCAGGAACUGUCGAUGAACAAAGAGCUUGUGUUUGGAAGCUUCUGGCGCCAUGAAAAUUCCUCUUGA